CUUUCGCAGUCGGGCUGGCUAAUGCAGUCGGGCUGGCUUCCGCAGUCCAGCGGGCUUCCGCAGACUGGCGGACUUCGGCAAUCCGGCGGGCUUUUCUUCCUCAGCAACUCCGCUCCUGCCUUUCCUCGCGCCGCGUGUUCUGCUUAGGAGGCUUCUGUGACUCUGAGCAGCCUUUGUUCUCCGAGAGCUCCGGUGCCGUGAGGUCCCUGGAGAGGACAGCGAGUCACCAUGGAAGCCAAAAUGGUGACUGUGCGGCCAGGGCUGGCGGAACCGGGUCGGCACCCGCGGAUCUCAGUGACCCUUGAGGAUGUGGCUGUGAACUUCACCCAGGAGGAAUGGACUUUGCUGGAUCUAUCCCAGAAGAAUCUUUACAGAGAUGUGAUGCUGGAAGUCCUCAGAAACCUCACUACUAUAGGAAACACAUGGGAAGACAAGAACAUUGAAGUUCAGAUUGAAAAUUCUGGGAGUAGUCUAAGGCAGAUCACAUCUCACUCUGGACAGAAACCCUACAUGCAUGUGGAAUGUGAAGAGAAGCCAUGUGAAUUUAAACAAUAUGAGAAAUCUCUGGUUUCUCAUAGAAGUGGUGAAACACAAAUGUUAAUACAAACUGUAAAUGGACCUUAUAAAAGUACAGUGUGUGGGAAUGUCUUCAAUUGUCCCGAUUCCAUUCAAAGACAUGAAGAAACCCAUACUGGGCAGAAACCCUAUGAAAGUACACAAUGCGGUGAGACGUCUUCUUCUUUCACCAAUGUUCAGAGACAAAUGAUAACACACAGUCGUGAUAAACGUUUUAGGUAUAGGGUAUUUGGAAAAGCCUUUUGUUCUCCCUAUCUAUUUAGAAGACAUAAACAAACACCUACUGAGGAGCAAUGCCAUGAAUGCAUAAAUUGGGUGAAAGGCUUCAAAUAUUCCAAAUCCCUUAAAUGCCAUGGAGUAACUCACACCAGAGAGAAGCCCUAUAAAUGUGAGCAAUGUGGGAAAGCCUUCACUAAUCCCAGUUCAUGUAAAAGACACAAAAUAACUCAUACUGAAAAGAAGCACUAUGAAUGUAAGCAAUGUGGAAAAGCCUUCUCAAAUUCUUCUUCCCUUCACAUACAUAAACAAACUCAUGCUGGGGAGAAGUCGUAUAAAUGUAAGCAGUGUGGCAAAGCCUUCACUUUUCCCUCUCACCUCCAAGUACAUGAACGAUCUCAUACUGGAGAGAAGCCCUAUACAUGUAAGCAGUGUGGCAAAGCCUUCACUCAGUCCUCUAACCUUCGCUCACAUGAACGAACCCAUACUGGAGAGAAGCCCUAUGAAUGUCAACAAUGUGGAAAAGCCUUUGCUACAGCCCAUCAACUUCACAGACAUGGAAGAAUGCAUACUGGAGAGAAGCCCUAUGAAUGUAAACAAUGUGGAAAAUUUUUUUCUAGAUCCAGUCACCUUCAGAUACAUGGAAGAACACAUACUAGAGAGAAGCCUUAUGAAUGUAAACAGUGUGGAAAAGCCUUCACUCAGUGUUCUACCCUUCACUCACAUGAACAAACUCAUACUGUACAAAAACUCUAUGAAUGUAAAAGAUGUGACAAAACCUUUACUUGUUCUUCUCAACUUCAAUUACAUGAACAAACUCAUAUUGGAGAAAAGCCCUAUGAAUGUAAACGAUGUGGAAAAGCUUUUGCUACAUUCCCUCAAUUUCAAAUACAUGAAAGAACCCAUUCUGGAGAGAAGCCCUAUGAAUGUGAACAAUGUGGAAAAGCCUUUGCAACAUUCUGUCAGCUUCAUAUACAUGGAAGAAUGCAUACUGGAGAGAAGAUAAAUGAUUGUAAACAAUGUGGAAAAACCUUUGCUAAAUCCAGUUGCCUUAACAAACAUGGAAGAACUCAUACUAGAGAGAAGACCUAUAAGUGUCAACAAUGUGGAAAAGCUUUCACCACUUCCUCUCAUCUCCAGAUACAUGAACGAAUCCACACUGGAGAGAAGCCCUAUAAAUGUAAGCAGUGUGGCAAAGCCUUCACUCAGUCCUCUAAUCUCUCUGCACAUGAACGAAUUCAUACUGGAGAGAAGCCUUAUGAAUGUAAGCAAUGUGGAAAAGUCUUCACAACAUCCAGUUCCCUUCACAAACAUGAAAGAACUCAUAGAGAGAAACCAUAUGAAUGUCAACAAUGUGGAAAAGCCUUCACUACUUCCUUUUGUCUCCAAAUACAUGAAAAAACUCAUACUGUAGAGAAGCCCUAUAAAUGUAAGCAGUGCGGCAAAGCCUUCACUGAGUCUUCUAACCUUCAUUCACAUGAACGAAUUCAUACUGGAGAGAAGCCCUAUGAAUGUCAACAAUGUGGAAAAGCCUUUGCUACCUUGAGAUGCCUUCAUAAACAUGGAAAAAUUCAUAGUAGAGAGAAGCCCUAUGAAUGUCUCCAAUGUGGAAAAGCCUUCACUAUUUCCUCUUAUCUCCAAAUACACGAACGAACUCAUUCUGGAGAGAAGCCCUAUAAAUGUAAACAGUGUGGCAAAGCCUUCACUCAGUCCUCUAACCUUCACUCACAUGAACGAACUCACACUGGAGAGAAGCCCUAUGAAUGUCAACAAUGUGGAAAAGCCUUUGCUACAUCCAGUUGCCUUAACAAACAUAGAAGAAUUCAUACUAGAGAGAAGCUCUAUAAAUGUAGGCAGUGUGGCAAAGCCUUCACUCAGUCUUUUCACCUGCACUCACAUAAACAAACUCAUAUUGGAGAGAAGACUUAUGAAUGUAAACAGUGUGGAAAAGCUUUUGCUAGAUCCUGUCACCUUCAGAUUCAUGGACGAACACAUACUGGAGAGAAGCCCUAUGAAUGUAAACAGUGUGGAAAAGCCUUUGCUGUAUCCCAUCAACUUCAUGCACACGGAAGAUUGCAUACUGGAGAGAAGCCCUAUGAAUGUAAACAAUGUGGAAAAGCCUUUUCUACAUCCUGUCAGCUUCACAUACAUGGAAGAACACAUACUGGAGAAAAACCCUAUGAAUGUAAACAAUGUGGAAAAAACUUUGCUACAUCCAGUUGCCUUCACAAACAUAAAAGAACUCAUACUAGAGAGAAGCCCUAUAAGUGUAAACAAUGUGAAAAAGCCUUUGCUACAUCCAGUUGCCUUCACAUACAUAGGAGAACUCAUACUAGAGAGAAGCCCUAUGAAUGUCAACAAUGUGGAAAAGCCUUCACUACUUCCUCUUAUCUUCGAAUACAUGAACGAACUCAUACUGGAGAGAAGCCCUAUGAAUGUAAGCAGUGUGGCAAAGCCUUCACUCAGUCCUCUAACCUUCACUCACAUGAACGAACACAUACUGGAGAGAAGCCCUAUGAAUGUCAACAAUGUGGGAAAGCCUUUGCUAGGUCCGGUUGCCUUAACAAACAUGGAAGAACUCAUACUAGAGAGAAGCCCUAUAAAUGUAAGCAGUGUGGCAAAGCCUUCACUCAGUCUUGUCAUCUUCACUCACAUGAACAAACUCAUUGGAGAGAAACCUCUUAACAUCAACAAUGUGGAAAAGCAUUUGCUAGAUCUAGUCACCUUCAGAUUCAUGGAAGAACACAUACUGGAGAGAAGCCCUAUGAAUGUCAACAAUGUGAAAAGCCUUUGCUACAUUUUUUCAGCUUCACAGACAUGAACAAACUCAUACUGGAGAGAAAUCCUACUAAUGAAAACAAUGGACAAAGUCUUCAUUAUUACCAUUUUACUCAUAAACGUGUAGUAAGUGUACUGGGGAAAAAUCCUUGCAGUGAAAAAAGUGGUAAAUCAAUACUCCUUGUCUCCUUCUAAGACAUGAGAGGGCUCAAAUUGCAGAUUUGUUUUGUUUUGUCUUGUACUUGUGUGUUUGACCACUGAGCCCAUCCUCAGUCAUUUUUAUUUUUUAUUUUGAGUGAGGCACUAGUGGAGAUGCUUAGGGUCAUGCUAAGUUCUGGAUGCUGACCUCAAACUUAUGAUCCUUCAGACUCAUUGUCCUGAUUGCUGGGAUUACAGGUGUACACCAUCACCUCAGACUGAAUAACUCUAAAUGUAAAAAAUAUGGAAAUUCUUCCUUUUUCUCUGUUGCCUUCAAAGAAAUUUCAUUUACCCUGUAAAACAAAUCUCCUGGAAGUGUGAUGUUUUAUUUUCCUGUAACUGUGAGAAACGUGAGAAGUCUUUUAGGUUUUUUAGUUCCUUCUAAGAACUGGAAAUAUUCAUCUGGAACGAUUUAUGCAAAAUAAUAAUAAUAGAAUAAUAAAUCUCAUUCAAGUAAGAAAUGUAAAGGCUUUAGAUAUUCUAGUUUGUUCAGUUGUAUGAAAGGACUCACACAGUAUCAAAACCCUGUGCAUAAACAAUGUGGGACAAUAUUCAACUUACACAGUUUCCUUCAGACACGAAAGGAAUGAGAUCACCUUCUGUCCUUUAAGCAAGGUGGUCACAGUAUCAACUUUCCAGGUCUUUUGAAAUCACAUGGAAGAACUCAUAGUGGAGAAAAGCCUUGUAUGUAGAAAUGUGGCAAGGCCUUCAGUUGUUUCAGUUUCAUUCAGUCUUGUUCAGAUUUGAGUACAUUUGUUUUUCCUUUUUUUGGUACCAGGGAUUGAACCCAGAGUUGCUUAUGAACUGAACCACAUCUCAGCCCUUUUUAAAUUAUUAUAAAAACUUAAAACAUAGUCUCACUGAAUUGCUUAGAUCCUCACUAAGUUGCAGAGGCUGGCUUUGAACUUGUAUUUCUCCUGCUUAGCUUUUUGAGCCAUUGGAAUUAGUUGUGUGCUUCCUUCAGCAGGUGACAUCUUUCUUGAGAAAAGUUCUGCAAGUGUGUGCCUUCAUUUCUCCUUUGUCUAUUCAGAGGUAAUGGAAAUGCAUCCUGGGGUGAAUGAAUAUUGCAUCAGCAUGAGGAUGUGAAAGCAACAUGCUUUUAUGGGUUAAACCUCUGUUUACAUAUUAUUAGAUUCUAUUUUUCUUAAUUUUAAGUUUUUUGCAUCUCUUACAUAUUAUGACAUAAUGUUAUACAUACUAUGUAUAUAGGUGUGUUUAAAAUCUAGUAUGUACUAUCUCUUCAAAUACCUUCUGACUUUAUAUAUAUUGUGCAUGAAUUUUGAGAAGUUCUAAAUUCUAACAGAAAGGUAAGAGAAUGUGGCAAGUUCUUCACCACUAGGUAUAUACUUGCACCUAAAGUUAAAUAGAAACUUAAUCAACAGCAUUUAAAUGAUUCAUUAUUUCAAACCUGUGGGAGUUAUAUAAAAAAGGAAAAGUGUGCAUGCUUCAGCCUAGCUAUGCAUUUUACAUCUUGAAAUAAAAAGUACAUUUAAAUUUUU